AUGUCCACUGGAGAUUUUUUAAACAAAGGUAUUGAACUUGUUCAAAAAGCCAUUGAAGCAGAUAAUGCAACGCGAUACGAAGAAGCAUAUCAAUUAUAUUAUAAUGGAUUAGAUUAUUUAAUGCUUGCAAUUAAAUAUGAAAAAAAUCCAAGAUCAAAAGAACUUAUAAGAACUAAAUUUACAGAAUAUUUAUCAAGAGCUGAAAAUUUAAAAGAACAUCUUGAUAAGAAGGAAAAAGCUGCUGAAUCAAAUACAAAUGGUAGUACAAAGAGUAAGAAGAAUGGUACGGGAGGAGGAAGUGGAGAUGAUGAUGAUGAUUCUGAUACAAAAAAAUUAAGAGGUGCAUUAUCAAGUGCAAUUUUAUCAGAAAAACCAAAUGUUAAAUGGGAAGAUAUUGCAGGAUUAGAAUUAGCUAAAGAAGCAUUAAAAGAAGCUGUGAUAUUACCAGUUAGAUUCCCACAUUUAUUCACGGGGAAUAGAAAACCUUUAUCAGGAAUAUUACUUUAUGGACCACCAGGUACAGGUAAAUCAUAUUUAGCAAAAGCAGUGGCAACAGAAGCAAAUUCAACAUUUUUCAGUGUUAGUUCAUCAGAUCUUGUUAGUAAAUGGAUGGGAGAAAGUGAAAGAUUAGUUAAACAAUUAUUUAAUAUGGCUAGAGAAAAUAAACCUUCAAUUAUUUUCAUUGAUGAAGUUGAUGCAUUAUGUGGACCAAGAGGUGAGGGAGAAAGUGAAGCUUCAAGACGUAUCAAGACUGAAUUAUUAGUUCAAAUGAAUGGUGUUGGUAAUGAUGCAAGUGGUGUUUUAGUAUUGGGUGCAACAAAUAUUCCAUGGCAAUUAGAUGCAGCUAUAAGACGUCGUUUUGAAAAAAGAAUAUAUAUCGCUUUACCAGAAGUUGAAGCAAGAGCCAAAAUGUUUGAAUUAAAUGUUGGUGAUACACCAUGUGAAUUAAAUUCCAAAGAUUAUAGAUUAUUAGGUGAAAUGACUGAGGGUUAUUCAGGUGCAGAUGUUGCAGUUGUUGUUAAAGAUGCAUUAAUGCAACCUAUAAGAAAAAUUCAAAGUGCAACACAUUUUAAAAGAACUGAAGAAAAUAAAUUAAAACCUUGUUCACCUGGUGAUUCAGAUGCAAUUGAAAUGAAUUGGAUGCAAAUUGAAGCUGAUGAAUUACAAGAACCUGAAUUAACUAUAAAAGAUUUUAUAAAAGCAAUCAAAACUACAAGACCUACAGUUAAUGAAACUGAUUUACAAAAACAAAUUGAUUUUACAAAUGAUUUUGGUCAAGAAGGUAAUUAG